GGGCAUCCCCGCAACGUCACAGAGAUGCGCCAGGCAGCGAGGGGGAGGUGGUGACGUUAUUUUUGGGCGCCGUGGCGGCAGUUGCUUUACCGUUGCUGGGACAAGGCGGAAAAGGGCAACCUGUGGGGGGCCAGGAUCAUGCCGGAUGCUGGGGAGUCCCGUGGGCAGCAGAGACCUCCGGGGUCGGGAUGAAAGAAGCAGAUCAGAUGCAAAAUCUGGAGAGCGCGGGGGCUGGGCGAUCAGUGAGCACGCAGACUGGCAGUAUGACCGGUCAAAUACCAAGGCUUUCUAAAGUCAACCUUUUCACUCUGCUCAGUCUCUGGAUGGAACUCUUCCCAACAGUGGAAAAAAAACAAAAAUUACAGAGAAAGGAAGAGGAUGAACUUGGACCUUUGGGAGAUAAUAUAGAUGUGGCCAAAGUAACUAUUGACAAAAAACAGGUGAAGAAAACUGGUCUGGUAGUGGUGAAAAACAUGAAAAUUGUUGGUCUCCAUUGUUCUAGUGAAGAUUUACAUGCUGGUCAAAUUGCUCUUAUUAGACAUGGCUCAAAGAUGAAAAACUGUGAUCUUUAUUUUUCCCGAAAACCAUGUUCAGCUUGUUUGAAAAUGAUUGUAAAUGCUGGAGUGAACCGAAUCUCCUACUGGCCUGCCGAUCCAGAAAUAAGCUUGCUUACUGAAGCUUCCAAUCCACUGAGUACUGGAGAUGCAAAACUAGAUGCCAAAGCAGUGGAAAGAUUGAAGUCAAACAGUCGGGCCCAUGUGUGUGUCUUGCUUCAACCUUUGGUGUGUUAUAUGGUGCAGUUUGUAGAGGAAACCUCCUACAAAUGUGAUUUUAUUCAAAGAAUUGCAAAAACACAGCCUGGCUUUAACUCUGACUUUUAUUUUGAAUGUAAACAAGAAAGAAUAAAGGAAUAUGAAAUGUUAUUUCUGGUUUCAAAUGAAGAAAUGCAUAAGCAAAUAUUGAUGACUAUAGGCUUGGAGAACCUGUGUGAAAAUCCAUAUUUUAGCAAUCUAAGGCAAAACAUGAAAGACCUUAUUCUACUUUUGGCCACAGUAGCUUCCAGUGUGCCCAACUUUAAACACUUCGGAUUUUAUUGUAGCAAUCCAGAGCAGAUUAAUGAAAUUCACAAUCAAAGCUUACCACAAGAGAUUGCAAGGCACUGCAUGGUACAGGCCAGGUUAUUGGCCUACCGGACCGAGGAUCACAAAACAGGAGUUGGAGCUGUGAUUUGGGCAGAAGGGAAAUCUAAAACCUGUGAUGGAACAGGGGCUAUGUAUUUCAUUGGAUGUGGUUAUAAUGCCUUUCCUGUUGGAUCUGAAUAUGCUGACUUCCCACACAUGGAUGACAAACAGAAAGACCGAGAGAUAAGAAAGUUCAGAUACAUUAUCCAUGCUGAACAGAAUGCCUUGACAUUUAGGUGUCAAGAAAUAAAACCAGAAGAAAGAAGUAUGAUUUUUGUGACUAAGUGCCCAUGUGAUGAGUGUGUGCCUUUAAUUAAAGGUGCAGGCAUCAAACAAAUCUAUGCAGGAGAUGUAGAUGUUGGAAAGAAGAAGGCAGACAUCUCUUACAUGAGGUUUGAGGAACUUGAGGGUGUUAGCAAAUUUACGUGGCAACUGAAUCCAACAGAAACGCAUAUUCUGGGAUUAGAUGACUCUGAAACCGUAGAGAAUGGUGUCUUGAGACCAGACUCUAAGUUAAUGGAUGAAGAACGUCACCAAAACAAAAAGUUAUGUCUUGGAAACCACUAAAAGAAAAGAACAUCCUGCCUGAAUCAGAAAGGAGGCCAAGAGGAUUUUUAUUGCACUUUUAAAAGUCAUCCUUGUAGCCUCUGCAAAUAAGGAUUGAGUUUAGGGAAUAAUUGACAAGUAUUUUUAAGGAAGUUAAUUUAUUACUGGGAUGUGAAUAAUGUUAAUGAGAAUAUUUUCAUUUUAGAUUUCCUUGUAUGUUUUCUAGAGUACAGUAGUUGGGUGUUUUUUUUUUUUUAUUACACUAAAUGAGGUAUCAAUGAAUAAGACUGUUAGAUGGCUGAUUUCUGUUGAUAUGGAGUUUAGAUCAGCUAGUUAUCCCAGGCCAGAUCCUAGAAGUGAGUUAGCUAUCCGUUUGAAGUUUAAUGUAUUCAUUCAGACCAUGAGAUUGUUGUGUAGUUAACUGCCAUAAAGAAAUAACUGGCAACCUCAUGACCUGUGAGAGUCAGAGAGCACUACCUAAAAGCCAGAUUAUGCCCAGGCUUUACUAAUUAAUAGCAUCUACUCCAUUUUAAUUGAUUCUUAGAAAGUAAGGUAAUUUCUGAUAGACCAUGAUCUCCAUUUUGAAAGUUAGUUUCUAAAAUGGUCAUUAAUUAUCCCAAAUCCUUUGAUAAAAUACAAGUCAGAUUGACUCAAAUGAAUUAUCACUAAAUUAUGGUGGCAGCAGGAAGAGAAUAUUAUUCCAUGACAACAUUCUUGUUCAUUGACAUUAUCUCUUAAAAGGACACUCAAUCAAAAAUCUUCCUCAAAUUUGAGGAUAAUUUUAACAAUAAAAUAUUUUAGUGUGGUAAAUUCUAAUGAGCACUUUAGAAUUACUUAUUCUAUUCUUUAUUGUUCCUUAUAAGUGAUGUUGAGAAUCUUAUGGCUUUAGAGUGAAAAAAGAAGACUGGGGAAAAAACAAACAUUUGUUGAUAUUGAGAUUGCUAGAACAGCCUGGGAAGUGAACAAUACUUGGAUUUUGAGUUCCAUUUUUAACUGUUUUUUUCUUCCCCUCAUUUUUAAUUUACUGAAGAAUUCCUGGAACAUUCCCUUUGAGAUAGAAAAUUGAGCUUUAGUUUUGGCUGAAAUAUGAAUAAUAGUGGGAAAAUCUGGUCCCUUUUUUGUAUUUUUCUAGGAGUGAGGAGGGAGCAUCCACUGCCUUACAGUUCUGAAAGACUGCCAUCUUGUGCUGUCCAAGUUACUCAUCUUCCAUUUCUGCUUUCUUUUCAUAGUAGCAUGUGACUGUUCAAGGCUUACCCUUCUACCUGCCCAAUUUUCAGCUCACCUCUGCUAUUUGAUUGGGGAUAAUAUAUUCAGUUAAAUGUAGGGAUGGGGAAGAAAGAGGAUAUAGAGGAGGAACACAGAUAAAAUAUUACACCAGUUAUCCAGACAACCUUUCAAAAGGGAAACUCUCUUCUGAGCAAGAUAUAUAUUCUAAGCUCUCUUCUGAGCAAGAUAUAUAUUCAAUAGACACAAAAGUAAUAUAAACUUGUUUAAUCUAUAUUUUUCAUUUGCAUCUUUGACUGGACUUGAGUUAUUUUAUAGUAUCGCCUUUUCCAGCAGAAUAUUUAUUAUCAGUAUUUAUAGGAUGAAUACGUAUUUGUAUGCCAGCUUUGCUUGACCCCGAAAGGGCCAGGUGGUUCAGAUGUAAAACUUAUGCUAAACUGGUAAAAGUUCUCAGUGAGAUCUCCUUAGGACAUAAACUAGAAAGGGCUGAUAGAUAGCCAUAGUACACAAAUCCCUGCUGGUGCUUGCUAUCACUAUUAUUAUUACAUUUAGCUUGCAUUUUGAGGAGUUAGUUACAUGUAGGUGAUGGCUUAAAAGAUUUAUAUUUUGCUUUCCCUAUCUAGUAGCUUUUCAGGUUCAAUUGUACUUUGUUGCAGGUUGUUUUAUUCAGAAAAAAAAAAGUUGUUGAAAAUAAAUUAUUUGGUAAAUUAAUUUCAUUGAAGCUUUAAGCAUGAAUGAGAUUGACCUAAGCUAAAUUCGAAUUGGUAAUUGAAAUUAAAACUGCAGCUUUGUGUACUAGCAGCAGUAGAAAUUUAUUUAUCCAGUAGUCUUGGAUGGUAGGUUUUAUUCUCUGCAACAGAGUAGGAGAUAAAAAUUUCCACUUUAUUCUAUUAAAUCUCUUGUCAUUAAUGAUUGAAAUGAGUUCACAUGAUACUUGAGGGAUUUCUUCCUGCUUGCUCUUCUCCGCCUCAGCCCAAUGCCAAAGAUCCAGGUUCCAUGGAUUUUUUUUUUUUUAACCAUAUUGAAUUGGAUUAUGUACAUAAUUUCAUUGUAGCCUUUCUGGAGCUUUUGCCUUGGUCUGGAGACUUUCUUUCUCAUGUCCUUUUUUAAACUGGAGAAUGCAGGAUGUCUUAUUAGUGUUCCUUGUUUCAUACUGAGAAAUAGAAUGUUAGUAGAUAGAAUUUAGUCUGUGAUCUAUGCUACAUAAGUGCCCCAGAGCAGCUUGAUGCAGUGGAGAGAGACCUAGUUCUGGGGUCAUAGGACCUGAAUUCAAAGGCCUGCCUCUGAUGCUACCUGUAUGACUUUGGGCAAAGCACUUAACCUCUCUGGCUAAAAUGUGCCUGAAGCCCCUUCUAGGGCUGGGUCUCGAACGAGCCUUUUGUCUGGAACCCUAAGAUAUAGUCUGUGGUUCUUCGUGUGAGUCGAAGCUUAGGGAAGUCUCUGCCGCUGCAUGUGAGUCAGGUGGGCACCUUGGCUUAUGCCAUUCGCCAGGAGCGGUGACUUUCAAAGGUCCUCGUCCAGAAGGCCGAUGGCUGCCCCUUCCAGGGGACAUUGCUCGCCGCCUCUGGGAUGGCUUGUACAGUGUCAGCAUGAAAGUUCCACGAGCUCCAUUCCCAGGACCAGCUGUGGACAGAUUGGGGCAGUUACUUCUUUCCAGGCUAAUCCCGGCUAUCAGGAUGGAAACGGCCCCGUCAGACCACAGUUCUCUGACUUGACUAGAAUAUAUCACUCUAAUUCACUUGUCAAGCUUAACUUGGAUAAAAACAUAUAUGUGAAAAAGACCUUAGGAAUACAACGAGACACAGGAUCAAAGCGUGUUUGAGCACCCAAAGAAGGUCGGUUCAGGAGUUAAACUCCUCCAAAGUAUGUUGGCCUUAUUCACAUUUGUCGCCAGCAUCCCAUUCGUUACCCUAAAUAGUCUUUAAAAAACAAUUUUUAAAAAUUUUUUUAUUUUUCAAAAUACAUGCAAAGAAUUUUCAACAUUCAUCCUUGCAAAACAUUGUGUUCCAAAUUUUUCUUCCUCCCUUCUCUCCACCCCCUCAUCAAGACAGCAAGUAGUCCAUGUUAAACAUGUACAAUUCUUCUAAAUAUUAAAUUUUUUUAAAAAAGAGAAGUUAUGAUUGACAUUGGCUAAUUUUAAAAUGCCAAAGGAAUUUAUAAGUGAAUUCCUUUAUCACAUCCAGCUAAUUUGGAAAUGCUGAGUCCAUAAAUUUAUUUACACAAUGACUUUUUCCAUUUUGCAUCAUGAGUUCUAAGCUAAAAACCGCUCACAAUUCCAUCUGGACAUGAUAUCAGAAGUUCAGUCCUCCUGCCCUAGCAUAACUGUACUUGAUUUGCAGCAGUUUUCAGUUUGGAUUAUAAAAGCCAGGUUAUCAGCUUAGACUAGCAGACCGAAGGCAUAGAAGGCCAUACAUACAUUGAUCUGGCUGGCCUUGGAGACAAAGCACAAGAAUUAAUCUCCAGAGCGUCGUCCUCAAAGGGGAUGGGCCUAAAAGAAAUCAGGCAACAGGCAAAUGCACAUUUUAGUCAACAUGGAAAUUUAUCCCACAGUCGCAGUAAUGAUUCUUUAGGCACUUUUAAUACGUCCAUCAAUUACAGGAAGUACUGCUAAAGAAUUUUCAGGCAAUGAAUUUUUAAAAACUGGCUUUUAGGCUAGCAAUGUCUAGAGUCACUAUAUUUUAUACCUAUUAGUGUAGCCCUUGUUGGGGUCACAUUUCUAACCUCAGGAGAUCUGCUGGUAAGUGCAAUAAUCUGCUUUUCCUCUUAGAGCAAACAUUUUUAGUACUAAGAUGACUAACCAACUUCCCUACUUUCUCCUAAAUAGCUCAUGAGCCCUAUGGGCAAGCAUCCUAUCUAAGCCAUACGUAUGGUGGCUAGUUCUAUUCAAGCAUUUAAUAAAGUGCUUAAUACACUAAAAUGAGUGUUAUUACACUUUUGGUACCAGACAAACUUCAGUUUUCCAGAAGCACAGAAAGAUUAUGUCAUUUAAAAUGACCACUGUCAAGCAGUUUACUUGGAGUAAGCCUCAGAUUUGCUUAUGUACAUACACAUGAAUCUCUAGCAGAUAUUUGUUUAAAAUCAUUCUGUAAAUUUGCACUAUGUAAAUUAUUGAUGUAAUGUUGAAGUUCUUUGGGAUUGUUGCAUUGUUCCUGUGCACUUUUUUCUCACUGUGCUCCAUUUAAAUGGAGCAAAUUCAAGUUUUAAAGGGGUCUGCUUUAAACUGUGUAACUUGAACUCACAAUUUCAUAAAAUGAUUGUCAUUAUUUCUUAAUAUUUCCAUGUCAAAUACAUGGUGUCCCCCCAAAAUGUAUAUGUACUUUGGUUAUUAGCUGCUAUUAUAUUUUCUGAAAAAGAAAAGAUGUUAAGAGUUAUGGGCUGAAAAGAUGUAUAUACAACUUUUGGAGAAAGCUUGUUUAGUCCCAGAAAGCAAAAGGGCCAAAAUCAAGUUACAUCGAGAUCUUAUAGUUAAGCUCAUUCCUGUAAAUAUUUUUUUCCACUUUAAAAUGCCUUUGGAAAAAAAAAGAAAAUUUUACAUGGUGAUGAUGGUCAUCUUCCUACCUAUUUUGGUGAAGGGGGAUCAAAAAAGCUAUGUGUGGUCAUGAUUCAACUUCUCAAAUGGUUAUAAUGAACUGGUUAUCAUUUUUGAAAGAGGGCAAAAUUAAUGCUGCCAAACACUUGAUUUGCACUUUCAAAACCAAUACCUCACUCUCUAUUCAUAACUUGUUUUAUUUACAUUUUUGUGAAUCAUUUUCAAAUUUUUUUCCUAAAGCAUUUAAUCAAUUUUUUAAAUGUUUGUCCAGUGAAAGAGCAUUUUAAAAAAUCAAAAAUAUCUAACUCAUGCACAGAAAUCUGUGGGGAACAAAUAGAGAACUGGUACUGAGUUUCUGCUAAUAAGUUCCUUGUAUCCUUUCUUUUUUUCUAAAAUAAUUUCAUUACAGACUUAGGACUCAACAACAUAAACUAAGCAGAAGGAAUAAAAUCAUGAAAUCCAUACUCUUAAGUUAGAAAUUUUAAAAAUACUUCAUACUAAUUUAAAUAAUAUUUUGAUCCAAUCUGUGAUUUGUUUUACAUAUGUUUGUUGCCCUUAGUUUUGUUUUUAAUUCAGCCAGAGUUCAUGUGAAUGUAUUUAACCCAAUUUGUAUGUCUUCACUUGUUUGGUGCUGUUAGGGCAUAUGUUUUUUUACUGGACUAUAAUAUUGUAUGCCCCAGUAAGCCACAAAAAUUGUUUGAGUUUUUGCUAAAAUUCCAUUUAAAGUGAAUCAGCCGUAGCUUUCAGAUUGUUUUGAUUCUAUUCCUUGCUUACAAUAGAUACGAAAUUCUUAUUGAUGAUAUUAGGUAUAUUAAAACUCUAUAUGUUAGUUUUGUGGUAAUUUUUAUUUAAAAUGGAAGUUUUUUCCACCACCCUAAUCAUAUUUCUUGCUCUUUUUUUUUUGAGAGACAAUUGGGGUUAAAUGAUUUGCCCAGGAUCCCACAGCCAGGAGGUGUUAAGCAUCUGAGGCCACUGUUUGAACUCAGGUUCUCCUGACUCCAGUACUGGUGCUCUAGCCACUUAGCUGCCCAGUAAUCAUAUUUCUUUAAAAUUAGCCAGUGACUCCACCCUAAUGUUGGUGGGUUACAAGGGGAUGGAUGUUACAGAGAUGCAUCUACGUCUUCCUAAGGGAACAAGAAUGAAAUUAUGACCACUAAUUCUAGCCGACAAGUUCUUUAAAACAAAAAAAGACUGGAAUAAGUUUCUGUCAGAUUGGCCAACCCUAUUCUAAUCUUUUUUAAAGGGCUAAAAUUGGGGUUUCCCUGCUGUGUGUGUCCAUGUGGGUGCAUGCAUGCAACAUCUCCAGUGUGACAAGAAUUAAAUUCUCUAGCAGUGCUGCAAUAUGGGCCUUUCUCCACAGCUUAGGUGAAGGGGACCUUCCUUAGAGGUACUUUGGACUAAAUCUUAAAAUGUCAAGAGACAAAGAGCAAACUUUCCCUCGUUGGGUAUGGGAGUUGAAAUUGUCUUGUCUUUCCUGAAGGUUCAGUCUAGUAUAAUUUUAAUUCUCAAGGGAAAUAACACUGCAGUGUUGAUAGAAAAAUGGUCACAUGGUAUUUUUCUUUCUGGUUCAUAUAAGGAAAAAGAAUUUUAACUUUUUUUCUGUAUUUAAAUUGAUAUACAUCCUUGUCUGUUUUGUGAUAAUGGUGAUUAGUAAGAUUGAGUUGUGCUAAUAAAUUAUCAUUUACAACAGUA